AUGAACUGCAGCAACCUCACCAUCACAGCAGUGCAAGAAAAACUUAACCUUUUACAACUGAUUAUUUACAUCCCAAUUAUCUUUUUUGGAGUUAUAUUUAAUAUCAUUGCCUUCUGGGUUUUCUGCUGCAAGCUGAAAAAAUGGACAGAAACCAGAGUUUACAUGAUCAACUUGGUCAUUGCAGACUGUUUUCUCCUCUUCACCUUGCCUUUCAUUGUGCAUUUUCACAGGACUAGACAUCCCACAGAUAAACUGUGCUAUGUCAUACAGACUAUAUAUUUUACAAACAUGCCCGUAAGCAUUUAUAUCAUCACCCUUAUAGCCGUCGACCGAUUCAUUGCAAUAAAGUACCCCCUGAAAGCAAAGAAUUUCAGGUCCCCACUGAAGGCAGCUGUUAGCUGCGGAUUUCUUUGGAUAAUAAUAAUAAUUUAUGCAUACUUUAACCCACGAUUUACUAAGGAAAGUGCAAACAUUUGCUUUCAGAAAACUUCUGAUGACCCUGCAGAAACUAUACUGUUGUCAAGUAUUUUGGGUUUUUUUAUACCACUAGUAAUACUGAGUUUUUGUUCUAUUCAAGUCAUCCGGUGUCUGAAGAUGAAGAAGAACAUGAGUCCACCUGAAGAAACAUCAAUCCAGAAGGCUCUCUGGAUUGUUUCUAUGAACCUGAGUGUAUUUAUCAUAUGUUUUUUACCUUUUAACGUCGGGCUACUUGUUAGGUAUGCAAUGGACGCAGCUGGAGCUGCCUGCUCUUUACGCCACAAUGCAAGCCUUUUUAUUCGUGUGGCUGCAUGGGUAGCGAACUCUAACUGCUGUUUGGAUACGCUUUGUUAUUACUUUGUAGCCAAGGAAUUUCAGGAAGCUUCUUCUCUGUUACACCCUUUUAAAUCUCUGAAGUCUAGAUCAAAUCAAAGCCAAAUCACAACCACAAAUGCGCUAAGUGAUCACAAAAAAAUGCAUGAUAGAGGGGCAGAUCCACAGCUGGUAUAA